CGCUAGCAGAGACUCUAGGAGUGAUCCUCUUUAUACUCCCAUCCUCUAAGGCCGUGCUCCUGUCCCCAAAGGCCAUGGGUCGGAUCUCAGGGCUCGUGCCUUCUCGCUUCCUGACACUUCUGGCGCAUCUAGUGGUCGUCAUCACAUUAUUCUGGUCCCGGGACAGCAACAUCCAAGCUUGCCUGCCUCUCAGGUUCACUCCCGAGGAAUAUGAGAAGCAAGACAUUCAGCUGGUGAUAGCACUGUCUGUCACCCUGGCCCUCUUUGCAGUGGAGCUGGCCGGUUUCUUCUCAGGAGUUUCCAUGUUCAACAGCACUCAGGGUCUCAUCUCUAUUGGGGCUCACUGUAGUGCAUCUGUGGCUCUAUCCUUCUUCAUAUUCGAGCGCUGGGAGUGUACCACAUACUGGUACAUUUUUGUCUUCUGCAGUGCCCUCCCAGCUAUCACUGAAGUGGCUUUAUUCGUCGCUGUCCUUGGUCUAAAAAAGAAACCUUUCUGAUCACCUUCAUGACGGGAAAGAAAGUAGGGACGAAGGAUGGAGGAGCGAGAAGCUGCUAACCGUUCCUGGAAGAAGGAAAGCAUAGGCUUCAGUUUCUUCUCCCUCUCCUCUCAAACUAUUUCUGGUAAAGGAUAGCAGUGGGAUAAUUAUCUCCCGAAUACGAGAUUAGCGUUUUCCUUAGUGCCUUGUAAUAAAAUAUAUUUUAUAGUAAGA